CUGUUGAGCUAUUCUUACCUAAAAAUUUUUUUAGUAAAAAUGAUAUGACGACUGGUGAAUCUCCGCUUUUAAGUGAUCACAUUGUUUCAAGCAAAUUAUGUGAUCCAAAAGUUAAACAGUACUCUGGAUAUUUAAAAAUCGCUCCAGAUGCAAAUUUGUUUUUUUGGUUUUUUGAAUCUCAUAAAAAUCCCAAAAAUUCGCCAUUAACAAUAUGGUUUAGUGGCGGACCUGGCUAUUCUUCAAUGUUUGCACUGUUCCAAGAGAUUGGUCCUUGCAAGGUAGAUAACUAUAUGAACCAAAGCAGAUUGUCCGAAAAUAGUUGGAAUAAAGUGACAAAUUUGUUGUUUAUUGAUCAGCCAAUUGGCGCUGGAUUUUCGUAUGGAGCACUUCCAGUUAUGGCUAAACUUAUUAUACAAAAUAACAAUCUAAUCAAAACUGGCAAGGUUAAAGAUUUAAUACCGAUUAAUCUUAAGUCUUGCGGGAUUGGAGUUGCUUAUGUUGAUCCUCCUAUUCAAGCGGGGUCUUUUGUUAAUUUUGCAGAGAAUAAUACAUAUAAACCCUUGUUAAGUCCACAGUUAAUCGAGGAGAUGCGUAAUAAAUGGACAAUAUGCAAACAUAAUAUUGAUGAAUGUUACAAAACCGAUACGGCACAUGAUUGCAACGCAGCUACCAUAGCUUGCUCGGAGGAUUAUAAUGGGAUAUUUAUUCAAAACUCUGGUGUUAGCGUUUACGAUAUUCGUACCAAAAAUGGCCUUCCAGAUCCUGUAUAUAAAAAAUACUUGGAUGAUCCUUUUGUUAUGGAAUCAAUUGGUGUUAAUACUACUGAAAUAACAAGUUAUUUAGAAAUUAAUGGGGAAAUUUAUGCUAGAUUUUCUAAAUAUGGUGAUUUGAUAUAUUCUACAAAGCCUCAAGUAGAAUUUCUUCUUCAUAAUAAUAUACCAAUAAUGUUCUUCACCGGAGAUGCUGAUUACAUUUGUAACUGGUUUGGUGGGAUCGAAGUGGCUGAAUCAUUGAAGUGGGAGCGUCACUAUGAAUUUAAGAAUACAGUAUUUCAAGAAUGGAUUGUGGAUGGAGUAAAAGCUGGCGAAAUUAGAAAAGUUAAAAAUUUAUGGUUUGUUAAAGUCUUUGAAUCCGGGCAUUUUGUGCCAUAUUCUCAACCAAGGAAUUCAUUUGUAUUAUUUGAAAAGUGGAUUGAAAGUUUAAAUUAA